AUGAAGAAGCCUGGCAAGACUCUCGAACUCACUACAACUACCUAAAUUGAAUCAUGGAGACAACGUUUGGCUGUUGAAGAUAGAGUUGCUAAGACUAAAGAUCAUCAAUAGUUGGAAAAACUACAAGAUCUACUGACUGAGAAGAACACUUAUAUGAAUUAUUAUAAAACUGAAGAUGUCAAAACUCAAGAGAGAUUAUGCGAGCAUACCAAGACUAGAUUUGCCUAUGAUUAAAGCAAGGGAGAAGAAGACAAUGAUUAUUGCAAAAAGUGCAAAUACGAAAGCAAAUGGUGCAAGCACAGAUAAGAGAGAGAAGUUGCUAAAUAAAAGCUAGGAGCAGCUAUCACAACUACGCAAUCGUAUGGAUGGAGAGAACCCUAUGAUAAUCUUACAUUUGGUUACAACAAAAGUGGUAUUUGCAAAAGAACUUUCCAUGACUCUGGACAUCUUUAAUGA